AUGUUUUCUCCAUCAGACGAAGAUAUACACCAGGUUAUGGAUCGAUGUUCUGGGUGCUCCAAAGAUGACGCAUCCGGUUGCCUUCAGAGUUGUGAAAACGACGUAGAAAAGGCGGUUCAGAAAUUUGAAGAAAUCAAGAACUACCUUUCACCGGAGGCCCCGCCUAGUAGCGACGACAGCACACCGAGCCAGUCGAGCAAUGACUACAACCACGAGGAUCAACCCUCAAUGCCAAACCUACCGGUCCUUUCCGCUCCCAAUGAAUUUACCAACAACGGUCAUCGUGUGUUGGCUGGCAAGUCCAAUACAGACGACGUCCGAAACCAUUCGAGAUGUUACGAUGUGGAGAGCUUGGCGGCAAACGUGAAUGCCGACAUUGAGGGAUAUCCCACGAUGUUUUAUAUAAUUUCGACCAAUGACAUUGACAUUAUACACGAAUGGAUAAAACACGGGCGCGAUCCUAAUGCGGCGUGGGGACCAAAUGCUUUCCCUCUUGUUGUCUUUAUCGACGAGUUUGAAAAGACGAGCCAGGAGAUCCACAACACAUUGUUGAUACCUUUCGAAGAGGGACGUUAUGAGGAUCGCCGGACUAGAAGACCGAUUGACUGCUCUAAGACUAUCUGGAUUCUCGCAACGAAUAAACUCGAUGAUACAGUUAUACCCAUACCAGGCCUUGGCCAGUCGAUACCGGCUAGGCGACUGGGGUCCCCAAGUGCCCAUCCUUUGCUUAGUACAUUGAAAUGCGAUCUAAGACUUGUGGUAACAAGAAGAAUUGGCUGGUGCUGGAGUGCCAAAACGGCACGAGGGGGCCAAUGA